AUGGACGGACGCUACACAGUUGUGGGCCAUGGAACGUUAAACCGCGCAACUGGAAUAAAUCAAGACGCACAUUGGCAGCUCACUGUCAUGUCCAACAUAGAUGGCGCUUUCCACGUCUGUGACAACGAAGACCUUUGCAAAGCAUUACACAUUCCGUACACACAGAAAAUACACGUUGAUGAGAUUUUCUUCCCAAAUAGAAGGAAUAUUUUGGGAGGUAUCCAUUUGUCUGUGACGAAACACGAGUCUGUUAGCUUCAGAGCAGCAGCGUCUUCUCCUGAGAAGAGGCCUUUGCUCAACAGUGGACACUUACGGACUGAUGAUGAAAGUGAUGAAACUGAAAUUGAACAACUCGGAGUUAGUCCGCACUAUGACUUACUUGACUUAAGUUCCGAUGUCGAUGUAGAGGGCUUCCACAGUAUUUUUCCAUUUGGACCUAUCUUGGGCUAUGUGCUUAAUUUCGGACCAGGACAGUCCUAUCCUCCUAAUUUCCGCCACCACUGUGCGCCGCCACGUUUGCUUAGGACGGCCAACUUUUCGCCUGCCUUGUGGUGUCCACUCUAG